AUGAAGAACCAGUCAGCAGAGAUUGUGUUCAUUUUGCUUGGACUGACUGAUGACCCUCAGCUACAAAUCCUGAUUUUCCUGUUUCUGUUUUUCAAUUACAUCUUGAGCAUGAUGGGGAACUUAGUGAUCAUCCUCCUCACCCUGCUGGAUCCCCACCUCAAGACUCCAAUGUACUUCUUCCUCCGGAAUUUCUCCUUCUUGGAAAUUGCAUUCACAUCUUCCUGUAUUCCACGAUUCUUAACCAGCAUUUUCACUGGAGACAAAACAAUUUCUUAUGGAGCUUGUCUAACUCAAUUAUUUUUUUUCUUUCUAUUACUAAUUACAGAAUUCUAUCUCCUGGCUGCCAUGUCCUUCGAUCGCUAUGUUGCCAUCUGCAGACCACUGCACUACCCCAUCAUCAUGAACAGCAAAGUGUGCCACCUGCUGGUCCUCAGCUCCUGGGUGACUGGGUUCUUAUCCAUCUUCCCCCCUUUGAUGUUGGGACUGAAGCUGGAAUUCUGUGCUUCCAAAAUGAUAGAUCACUUUCUAUGUGACACGUCUCCUGUCCUGCAGCUGUCUUGCACAGACACACGUUUCAUAGAAUGGAUGGCUUUUGUCAUAGCUGUAAUGACACUUGUCAUCACCUUGAUCUUAGUGAUCCUCUCCUACACACUCAUCAUCAAAACCAUCUUAAAGUUCCCUUCAGCUCAACAACGGAGAAAGGCCUUUUCCACCUGCUCCUCCCACAUGGUUGUGGUCUCCAUAACGUAUGGAAGUUGUAUCUUCAUGUACAUGAAAACAUCAGCCAAGGAAAGGGUGACUUUAAAUAAAGGUGUGGCUGUGCUCAACACUUCUGUGGCCCCUUUGCUAAACCCUUUUAUCUACACCCUAAGGAACCAGCAGGUGAAGGAUGCUUUCAGGCAGUUGCUUCACAGGCUGUGUUCUCAAAACAGUGAAUUACUUUCUCCUGGGCACCUGGCCUUCGAUCCCUGGCCAAUAUCUAAUGAGAUGUUGACCAGACCGGAUCGCUCUCUCCAGAGACCCGCCUUCUCCUGGGACGCCAUUAGAAGGCCUCGUCUCUUUCGGCUCCCAAUGGAUAACACCCAUAACCACAUCCCUACAUAG